AUGAAAAUUUUUAGAAUCCUUCUGAUUAGCUCUUUAAUUGCAAUAUCAUCGCACAGGAGCGAUAGCGAUAGAAAGAGCACUUCGAGAAAGACACAGAAAAAAAAGGAAAUCAAUGAAAACAACAAUGGUGAGCGGGAGAAUUAUAUAGAAUCAGAAAGGAAUCACACAACGGAUGAACCCAAUGGAAGGAAAAAUAGCAAGGGAAGCGUAAGUGGAAUGGAGCAAAAGACAAAAGAAGAAAAAUUAAAUGCUGAUAUGUUGAAUCAUAUGUUGAAUAAUAUGUUGGAUGAUCUGUUGGAUGGCACCUUAGAUUCUGCACCUAGGAAAGAUGACCAUGAGAACCCAAAUGAUGAAAUCCAAAGUGCUCAUAAAGAAAUGUUUUAUCCGAAUCCAAGCAUCAUGAUUGGAAGAGUAUUGCAUUUUAUAAGAGAAUGUAUAAUGACAUAUUAUAGAAAUAUAAUAAACCAUAUCCCCCGUCAUGAUGAAAUGUCUUUGCGUGUGAAAAUGAAUAUUAUUACAAUUUUGAAAUCUUCGAAAUGUGGCCAACACCUCGCUACCAUUGCUGAUAAACUAAUUGCAUAUAGUGGAAAAGUAGAAGCACAAUGGAAUUAUAUUAUCUACUCACCAUUCGGAUAUGUGAUGAUGAAGAAAACAAUGUUAGACAGAUGGUUGGAAGAGAAUCAGAACCAUGGUGCAGACAAUUACAUGAAGGGUGAGAAGAUGCCAAAGCAAGGGGCAGAAGGAGAGGCAGAAAAUGUGGAGCAAGGGGCAGAAAAUGGUGAUGAUGAAAAUGCUUCUUAUGAUAAUGUUGAUGAUGACAAUGCUGCUUAUGAUAAUGCUUCUUAUGAUAAUGUUGAUGAUGACAAUGCUGCUUAUGAUAAUGCUUCUUAUGAUAAUGUUGAUGAGGAAAAUGCUUCUUAUGAUAAUGCUGCUUAUGAUGGUGGUGAUGAAAACAAAUCAAGUGCCAGUGGAGGGAGGAGCAAAGAUGGAAUUGAUCCAAGCGAAGAAGAAAAUUCGGAGAGCUUUCUCAGCUUCGAAAAGGAUUUUAUGAAAAUGGAAGAAUUGUCACAAGAUAAGAACUACCCAAACGAAACUAACGCAGGGAAAACAAACAAGACUCAGGGAGAAACGGAUAGUUCGAGCCACAACUGGAAUGACCGAAUGAACAGUAAAUCAGAUGGCAGUGCAAGCACCCAAAGGAAAAAAAAAAAGGGAAUAAAAAAAAAUGCAAAUCAUAAGGAGAAGAAGAUGAAGAAGAAAAGGAGGAAAAGUGACUCUUGGCAAGCAGACGCUACGACAUAUGCCUCAAUAGAUGUAAUGGAGGAGAAUGAUCCGAGGGAAAAAAACACAAAAGAUGAACAUGAGACAGAGGAUGAGUACGACGAUUUGCUGAUUAACAAGCCAGAAUCGAUAAAAUAUUUUUUCGAACUGUUAAGUGAAAUAUGUAUCAUUGUGAAAUUGGGAGUGAUGUAUAGAUAUACUCAUUUUCUAAUUCCGUUGAAAAAUUUAAUAGUUUCUAAAACACUUCAUCAAAUUGAAGUGAUACUUAUGACCGUGCUAUCGAUUCAUAGAAUUGGUAGCCAUAAAUACAGAGAUGUGUAUGGACUAGGAGUGAUAAUGGUUCUCUUAUACGUGUUAAGAUAUUUUAUAAAAAAAUAUAUAUUUAAGAAUGAAAAAAGGAAAAGUGAACAAGAAAAUAAAAAUAAACAAUCAGAUGAUAUAUAUGUGGAAAAUCUAUUAAAAAGAAUUUUAUACUUUGUUGAAAAUAAAAAAACAAUGUCUAAUUAUGAAAAUGUCAUACAAGAUGUUUUAGAAAAUACAGAAACAUUAUUGGCUAACAGUGCUGUAAUAAAUAAAGAAAAUAAACAAAUUUACAAUGACAUUAUAUCGAAUAUAAACAAUCUUGGUAUCUUUACAUACCUUUCUACACAAGCUUUAAAAAGUAUUAACCAAAAAUCCAAUGUCAUUUUAAGUGAAUUAUCAGGUGACGGUGUCAACGCGGCCAGGAUGAGAUCAAUUGAUAUGGAAAUGAAUUUAGAUUUGGAUUUAGAUUUAGAUGUGUUGGGAGCAAAUGGACAAGCCACGAAUUUGGGAUCAGGGAUUGGACCUGCGAUGGGGACAUCUCUACGGCCAACAUUAGCACCACCCGGAGGAGUGGGGAUAGAAGGACGAGGAAGAAACUUGGAUGAUAAUUUCAACAUGAACAAAUUACAAAAUAAUUACAUAAAUGAACGUGGAUUUGAAGAAAACAGUGGAAGCGGUAAAUUGAGAUAUAGCCUAUUGCAGCAGCAACAGCAACAGCAGCAGCAUAACGAUGCAUAUGAAGAAGGAGAUCAUUUGUUUUCACUAAAAAAAACAUCUACAAGCUAUGGUCUUGUCAGUGAUAACCUAUGUGUAAAUAAUGGAGGAAACAAUUUUAUAUACAAUGGAAUUAGUAAUGAAAAUGGAAAGAGUGAUAUCUAUUUAUACAGUCUGGAACAACCUACGUAUCAGAAUACGCAAGAUGACAAUUGUAGAAACAAUCCUAACUUUAACGUCAACAUGAUAAACCUUCAAAAUUUAAGCGACAUAGAUCAAGUUUCAAAUGGAUUGAACACUCCAAAUAUGACGAAGAAGACCAAUAGGUUGAACACUCCGAAUAUCGCAAGUACCGUGGUGAACGCUGCUAACUUCUCCAAUUUGGGCCCCCCUCCUGAGUACGUGAAAUUUGGAGAUGAAUUUCCAAAGGGUGACAUGGAUAGUGGAAAUGGUUUUUCGCACAUGUCUAAAAUGUUCAACCCUAUGAACGGAGAGGACUCGACAAUUGGUGCAUCAAGGGGUGUUCCAACUGGUGCACAAAGCUGUGUUCCAAGUGAUAUACCUAGUGAGAUACCAAACGGUGCACCAAGCGAGAUACCAAAUGGUGCACCAAGCGAGAUACCAAACGGUGCACCAAGCGAGAUACCAAACGGUGCACCAAGCGAGAUACCAAACGGUGCACCAAGCGAGAUACCAAACGGUGCACCAAGCGAGAUACCAAACGACGCACCAAGCGAGAUAACAAGUGAAGAUGGAAUCAAAGGCAUGCAUGCAAGAAGCCGUGCAAAUCAAUCGCCCAAACAGAGUGAUCAUCCCAUUCAUGCCAUGAUGUAUGUUCCCAAUGAACAGCAUAUUCAUGAGAUGAAAUCCGACAUGAAAAACAUCCAAAAUAAAAGUUCCCUCCUCUCGACCUCUCCUAUGGGCAAUUUCAUUCCUGAUUUAAACAAUAAUCUUAUGCACCUCAAUAACAAUGUUCAGAAUAAAAAAUAUGUAAAUGAACUAAUUCCAAAGAAGAAAUCAUCGGCAGGGUUAAAUACAGUUAUUCCAGAAAAGAGUAACGUAACCGAGCAUAAUAAUUUUCCUGUACAUGGUAAUAUAAACAGGAUGAAGUUGCCCUCUGAUGAUAGCAUAAAAAAUGUGGACAACUCCUUCGAAAACAAAAAGAAUGAGCAUACAGAAACCAAUGACAAAAUAACGAAUAAUUUAGUUAACCCCAACAUUCCACUUUUUGAUGAUUCGAAAGCUGGGGGUGCGAUCUCCCCCCCACCAAGGAACGACUCUCUUCCGAACUACGCCCCUCAACCCUUUUCGCAAAUGCCUCCAGCCCAUAAAGUAAUGGAAAGUUCGAGUAACCGAAACCAGAAAUAUCUUACGCAGAGAAAGGAACGCCAAAAAAUUGUUGCAACAAAAUCCCCCUUUAAUUAA